GUUAUUCGACGAACACCACGCCGAUCGGUUCCAUUCUGUAUAAUAGAGAGACCACGAUGACGCUGAUCGAAACGGAAUCCCAAUGGCUGCGCACUUCCAUUCUGCCAAAGAUUCUGGCGAGCGGCAGACUGCUGGACAACUACAGCGAGUCGAAGGCGGACACCUUCCGGGUGUCGGACAUCGAUGUGGAUGUGAUUGGACCCAAGGAGGCCUUCAUGCUGACACUCUGCUAUCGGACAACAAUUCGCUUUGCAUACGAUGGCGAGCAGUACGAGCGGAAAAUGGUUGUUAAGAAAACACCCAUGGUUCCGCCAGAAGUCUACGAAGCAGUUCAGUUUGGAGAUCUUUUCGGCAAUGAGAUCGAUUUCUAUACGAAAAUCCUACCACAGAUACAAAAAGUGGCGGGUGGAAAGUUUGCGGCCCCCAGGUAUUACUACAGCGAACUCAAUCCCUGUUCGGCGGUGGUCAUUCUCAGUGACUUUGCCGAGGAGGGCUGGAGGGUGACCAAGGACCGUGUUGGCCUUAGCCUAGAGCAUGCCCGCGUGGCAGUGAAGUAUUUGGGCAAGUUCCAUGGCUUUACAUACGCCAUCAAGCACAAGAAUCUGGAGAAGUUCAACGAGCUGACAGAAAACCUGAAGGAGUCCCGAUAUGCCAAUGACACCGUCCAUCCCCAAUACCUUGUGACGCUGAAGGCGAGUGUUCAGCGCGCUUUGCUGGCUGUGGCCACUUACCAGCCCCAAGUGGAUGAGGAUUUUGUGAAGAAGUUUGGCUUCUUAAUCUCCGAUUCUAUAAAGUAUGGACGCCAGCGUGUGGCACCCAGAGAGCCGCUGGCCACUCUCUGCCACGGUGACUAUGUGCGGAAUAAUGUGGCCUACAAGUACGAUGACAAGGAGGUGCCACAGGAAAUCAUGAUGUUCGACUACCAGACGCUGCGUGUGUCCUCGCCCAUGAUCGAUCUGUCCGUAUUCCUCGCCAUCUCUAUUUAUGCGGAUGUGCGGUACGCUCAUUUCGAUAGCAUCUUCGACGACUACUGCACCGCUCUGUACGACAGCUACAGGAAGCACACGAAGGACGAGGUGCCAGAGUCUAUGAACCGUACGGAACUUAUGAAGGAGUACAUUCGCUUCCUGCCCUACAGUGUAUCCAUAACGUCCUGUUUCCUCUUUGAGCUCGUCGAACCGUCAGGCCUGUCGUCGGAGGAAAUGUUCAAACUUGAAGUUUCGGACGAGAAAGUCAUUGAGCGCACCAUGAAAACUGGAGGCGAGCUGGUUGAUAGGGAAAUUGCACAUCAGCUGAAGGAAAUGUUCGAGUUGAGUCGAAAGUAUAAUGUUCCAAUCGAGGAUGGCAUCGAUGUGGAUGCGUUGCCCAAGAUCUAGUUAUUUGAAUUAAAUACAGUCAAUUAUUAAUAUC